CCUGAGUAUGCAUUGCAUGAAAAAUUCACAGAAAGAUUAAUUAACUACUUUGAGAGUGCAGUUCAUUUUGAGAAGGUUUAAUUAAUUUGGUAGAGAAAGAAUGGCAUCAGGGCAAGAAGAAAGAUCUCGUCUUGAUGCAAGAGCUAGACAGGGAGAGACAGUAGUCCCAGGUGGCACUGGUGGAAAGAGCCUUGAAGCUCAGGAACAUCUUGCUCAAGGUCGAAGCAGGGGAGGGCAAACAAGAAAGGAGCAGCUAGGAACAGAAGGUUAUCAAGAUUUAGGUCAAAAAGGAGGACAGACAAGGAAAGAGCAGAUAGGGAGAGAAGGCUACCAAGAAAUGGGUCGAAAAGGUGGACUUAGUUCCACUGACAAAUCUGGUGGUGAACGUGCUACUCAAGAAGGUGUUGACAUUGAUGAAUCCAAGUUUAGCAAAUCCUAGAUAAGUCUUUCUUUGAGUCUUGGGUGAUCACUUGUAGUUGAAAUGUUAUAUGUAUUACGGUUUAAUCGAUCUGGUUCUUGUUAAGAGUCCAGUCCUAGAUUAGGUAGCAAGUUUAUUAGUGUGUCUUACUGCUCCGUAAGGGUUAUUGGAGUCUGUAGCGUUAAGUAUUAAUGGACUUAGUUUUUGGUUUA